UCUGUCCAAGGCGCUGCGCUUCCGGCUUCCGCUGACUCGCGACUUCGCGAGCGACCGAGCGCCCGAGCGCGACUGCGCGAGGACACCGAGGAGGAGCCGCUGCAGUCCGCCAGCGGCCCAGGCCUCCCGUGAUCCCGUCUGGCGUCCGCUCCGCAGACCCGCUCACCCGCACAGGCACAGCGGCUCGCCUGGCCUGCUCCCGGCUCCCACGGCUUGCGGCCCUCGCGCGCGCGUCCGCUCGACCCCCGACGGCGGACCGCGAACGACUCACGGCCGGCAGCCCGGCACUCGAGCACUCGGGCCACUCCGCCAGCGGGCACAGGCAGCACUGCAGCGGCAGCGGCCACGGCCCACAGGCCACAACCAGUCCGGGUGAAUUUUGGUGAGUUUGAUUUUUUUUUUCUUCCAGAUGGUUUAGUGAUUUGAUUUUCUUCCAGAUCUGUGAUUGAGCCAAGAAUUGAAUCAAUUUAUUAAUAUGUGAAGAUGGAUAAUAGAUUUUAAGGACUUACCUCCCUCGGUGAGCUCUCUACCAAGCUUGUUGGCACUAAUAAACAUGAAUAUUAUGUUUUGGUGUACUUAGUCCUUAAAUUAGCAUAGAUCUUACCGGUGGCGACAACAAGUGUUGAACGAGUUUUCUCUGCCUUAUGUUUAGUAAAGAAUAAGGUAAGAAAUAAUAUGAGUGAUAGGCUAUUGAAUGAUUGUUUGGUUACCUUUAUUAAGCGUGAUAUAUUCUCUUUGGUAAGCGAUGAUGACAUAAUUCAUGCUUUCAUGGCAAUGAGAAAGCGUAAAGUAGCCUCUUAUAUUUAUGUAAGACCUUAUCUUAUAUGUAAUUUAUUUAUGCAAGUUUUAGAUCUAUUUAUGUAAGUUUUAAACAUUUAAUUGUAUUGUCGCAAUUUGCUUAUUUUAUAGCCAUUUUACCAUUUUUUUGAAUUUUGUCGUGUUAUGCAUGAAAAAAAAAUUUUAGGACUACCUUGGUUUCAGUUCCUGGAUCCGCCACUGGUCAGAGCCAUGGAUGUACUCGUCUCGGUGGCAUUAGACGAGGUGUGUGCCAGCCUCUCCACUGGCCUCCCAGUAACCGGCCUAUGGACUAGGCUCUCCGGGGAGUUUGAGGCGGCCGGCCUCCCUCUUGGCCUGUCCGUCAAGAGCAUCCUCUUUGCCCGUCUCAUUGCGCUCCCUCACAUCAGCCUCAUGGAGCGUAAACAGGGUAAACCGGAUGACACGCUCGUCCACUCGGCAGCAAAGACUGUGGAGGCGGCCGAACGGCGCGGCGCUCUGCUGUUUGCGAGCCCGGAUCUCCGCGAUAAAUUCCUCGGGAUUUAUGACCACAGGUACUCUGCUUCGAAGCUAAGUACCAAGCAGAAGGAGACGCUAGAACGUGUCGGAGCAAGCAGGACUUCUGGUGUCACACAAAAGUCUUUAUGGGAAAGUAUUGGCAUAGAAACAAAGGAAAGUAUUGGCAUGGAACCAAACCAAAGUAUCAACAUGAAACCAAGCAAAAGAAUUUGCAUGAAAGCAAACAACUUCCAUUAUGUUGUGAAGACCCUUCAGUCCCAGGGGUUAAUUGUUGGAAAACAAGCAAUUGUGAAGUCUAAUGACGUUGGGGGUGAGACGGAAUAUGGUUCACGGAAUAGUCUUAUCGUCAGCACCAACUUAUUAUAUCUCUCAAGAUAUGCCAAAGAAUUGAAUAUGAACUCAUAUCAAAGAAUUGAGAUUGCAAUGCCCAAACUUGGGAGAGAUGAAGAAAUCAACAUAGAUGUUUUACAAGAAGAUGAGAAUCUUAGUGUAGAUUACAAGAACUAUGUUUCUAUCCAUGAUUAUCUUCCAGCAAUGAAAGACAUGUGACAAACUUGAAGAAGCUACUGGAAAGGUUCUAGCUGUGUCAGAUAUAAAAAAGGACCUCAGUUACAAGAUGCCACGUGGGCACAGGGCAUGGAGAAAUGCUUUUAGAUGCACAGCUUGUUGAGGAAAUUGGUGUCAAAGUUGAUGAUGAGGUCAUUCGCUGCUUGCGUCUUCUGAAGAAAUUUAAUCCAAAUGAGUUUAAGCGAGAAAGUACAGCCUCAAACUUUAAACUAGGCAAUAAAUGCUUGGUCACCGAUCAAUUUAUGGAGCUUCCAUUAGAGAACUCCAUAUAUGAAAUGAUCCAUGCCGAAGGGCCAAAAGGUGCAACUCUUGUUGAGCUUUGCAGACGUCUUGGGGGCAAAUACAAUCCGAAAAUGCUCAUUAGGCGAGUGUCUUCUAUGCUUGAAAAAUUCAAUUUGAUUUCACAGGCUGAAGUCGUAGGUAAAACAAAACAGUACAGAUAUUGGACUUCGGAAAACUUCUCACUGUACAAAGCUAGUACCACUCUGCAAAAUUGUGAUGCCCUAUGGGAUUAUGACUAUUGUCCCAAUUUGUGGUCUUCUGUUCCAUCUAAAGAAUCAGAUUCUCUUAGCCCACAGGAUGAUUCUUGUGUUAAUAACAAAGUCUUGUUUCAAGAAGAUUGUCGUGAUACAGUAGUCGUGCAUCAUGUCCUGAGUAACCGCGAAGCUUCCGCUGGAGUUUCUCAACCAGCUGGACAAGAUACAACAAUCUCAGGUAAAGUUGCCUUACAGAGGAAUCGACAUCUCUGUUCCACUUCAACUUCUGAUGACAGGCAGAAAAGAAUUCUGCACAUAUUAAAGAAAAAGAAUUUUGUACUGAUGGUGGAGUUACAUAAAUGGUUACAAAAACUUGGAAAGGAAAAUGGAAAAAUAAUGGACAGGAAGACAUUGAUUCGUACUUUGAAUAAUCUUCAACAAGAGGGUAGCUGUAAGUGUAUCAAAAUUAAUGUCCCAAUUGUUACAAACUACACAGGAAGUCGUUCCAUUGAUGUAGUACUGAAUCCUUCUGUCAAGGUCGUGUCACCGGAACUCAUUGAUCAAAUUAGGAACAGACUAAGGAAUUUUGAUUCUCAAAGUCGUUCAGGUGCAGCAGCUAAAUUGAAGAAAAAUCAGCAUAUGGCUGCCAUACAUGGACUGAGGAUUCAGCGCAGAGCCAAAGUUAAAAAAACACCAGUAUCAGAAGCUAUCUAUGCCAAUGGAUUCAUAGGUGCAAAGAUGAUUCGGGCAAAGCUGUUGCAUAAAUUUCUGUGGGAAUAUGUUAGCGGCUUGCCAAAUUGGUGCAGCCUAUUUUAUUGUGCGAAAGAAGGGCAGCAUGGCAACAAGUUUGAUCAAUCAUGUCAAUUGUUUUCAGUCACAGAAGCUAUUGAAAAAAUGCCUCUUGAACUCUUUCUUCAAGUUGUGGGAUCUCCAAAGGUGGACAUCACUAUAACUAAGUGUUCUGGGAGAACACUUUCAGAGAUUCCUAUCAGCCAAUACAAUUUACUCAUGGACGCUCAUGCCAAGGGCCGUCUCUCACGCUUAAUAAAUAUUUUAGAUAAGCUCAAGUUGAUUGAACUUGUAAACGAACAUGUAGAGGAUUCUGAUGUGCGUCCAAGGGCUGUCACUACAUAUUCACUGGAGAUCAGGCCUUACAUUGAAGAACCUACACCAAGAGUUAUUCCAUCAUCACAUGUCAGUGUUAACCAUCAUCCAAAAUUUCGGCAUGAUUUUGUGCUUUCAAAGCUGGAGUCUGUCGAUGCUUACUGGGAAACGUUAAAGUACUGCUAUCUAACAGCAGGAUUGGCUGAUCAAAAUGCCUUUCCUGGCAACUGUGUACCUGAGGUUUCUCGUGUACGGUCAUGGAGUUCCCUAAGAGUAAUGACUACUGAAAAACGUCUAGAAUUACAAAAGCGCCUUAUGAAUGAAAGUGAGAGACUUUCUUACAAAGUUUGCCGUAUAAUUGCAAAGGAUUUGAAUCUCUCCGUGCAGCAGGUGCUUUGUGCUUCCUCCAAGAAUAGACAUCUUCAUGAGCAAGCAAGCAUUUCUGAUACACAAAAUCAGCAAAAAAAUAAUAGUUCAACCUCUCGGAAAAGGAAAAGAUCUGCUGAUGAAAUUGCCAUGAAGUUUAUUAAGCAAAAAGUUGAAGCUAGUGGAUCAUCCUCACAGAGAUCAGCCAAAUCUCUUCUGAAUAAAGAAGUAACAGAGAGAAUCUCUCCACCGUCCAGUGCCCAACCAGGACAUUGUUGUCGAAAUGGCAGCACUCGCACAUAUGACAUUGGUACUCCCUUGCAUACAAAUGAGGAUAUGGAGAGCAGCCCACUGAUCAGUCAAUCUACCCUGUUAGUAAGUAAAAGAUGCAUGGGAAAGAAAAAUUUCUUUUGGACAUCUGAAUCUGACAGAAAAUUGCUCAUGAUAUACACUAGAUACCGCACAGUACGUGGAGCAAAAAUAUCCCGUGUAGGUUGGAACUCUAUCUCUGAUCUUCCAGCUUCACCAGCUGCAUGCUGUAAAAGGAUGUCAACCUUAAGAGCUAAUACAAAAAUAAGAAUAGCUGUGAACCGAAUCUGCAACAUUCUUGCAAUACGGUAUAAUAGGUACCUUGAAACAGAAAGGAGAUCAAAAACGGAAGAAUUACUUUCCCAAAUAGCAAUUUGCAGUUGUGAGAAUUUUGAGAAAUUCAACUGGGAUGAUUUCGAUGAUCCGGAAAUAAAAAGUGCACUAGAUGAAAUCCUUGAAUUCAUUCGAGUUGGAAAAAUGGGCCAGACCAAGCAGAUCAGUCCAGAGAAUGAAAGGAGAAAUGAUUCUAAUGACAUCACCGAGGAAAUUCCAACUGAGCAGGUUGUGCAAUGUGCAGCCAGCACAAGCACUGUAGUUCCAGAGACUGGAUUCUGUGAACAUCUCGAAUCGUGUAGACCCAGUUCAGCCCAUGCAAGCAAGGACAUGGCAAUUCCCUGCAGAGAUCAUGAAAACAUCAUUGAACUCAGUAAAGCUGACAUUACUAAAAGAGACACAUGCAAAUUAUUGGCAAUCGCCAAUGCAUUAGAGCUCCUGAAGGUUUUCUUUCUCAGCUCAUCAUUGGGUUCAGAAGCACAAGCUGCACUAAUAGCCACCUUUCAGCUUUAUUCAGAGAGCGAAAUUUUUACUGCCCUUUCCUUUUUGAGAGAGAAGAACUUCAUGGUUACUGGAAAUGGAAUGAAACCUGUAACCCUUUCUGGAAAAUUCUUCUUUAAUGCUUCUUAUUCACCCUUCCCAUUUGGUUCAGGGAAAAAAGCUUCUGAAUUUUCGAAAUGGCUUGUAGGGCAGCAAAAGAAUAUUGUGGACAGAACAGUUUAUUUGCAUCCAGAUCUACACUGUGGGGAACUUGUUCACCUGUUUUCUCUAGUAUUGUCAGGAGAGCUGCUUAUUUCACCUUCCUUGCCAAGCGGAGGACUUGGUGAGGCUGAUGAACCUACCAGCUUCAGUCCUUUAAUUGAGGAUACCAGUGAAUUGGAUUGCCGUACUCAUAAACGCAAGGCUACAGAGUUGAAAAGCAGGAGUAAGAAACAGAAACCUUUGCCCAAGAUAGAUAGUGACUUCUGCUACCGUCGAGAGAAAGGUUUCCCUGGUAUCCAAGUGGCUUUGACUCAAGAGAGGACUCAAGCAAACAAUCACAUACAAAUGUUACAUCAUAAAGAUUGCCUUAUGUUUACUUUAGAUAGGGAAAUGGGCUGCAAGAAUGUUGACUGCCAGGUUGAAAGCAGUGACAUCUUGUCAGAUCUAAAUGAUCCGAGUUCAUGUCGCUGUUUAUUGUCUGCAUCUCAUUUGGAGAAUUCUCAUAGUGGAUGGCCUUGGGAUGCUAUGAAAAUAUAUGCCGAGCAGUUGCCAUCAGCAUCUUGUAAUAAAAAUGAACCAUUCUUUCUUUCUUCUGACCUGUUCAGAAAGGCAUUUUGUGUCAUUCAUCAAACUGGUGAACAAGGAGUUAAUUUGAGGGAAAUCUCACAGGCACUGCAUCCACUUGGAAUGCAAUCCAUCAGUUUGGUCGUCGAUAUGCUUGAGAGAUUUCAGCUGGUCAUGAAGGUCAAUGCAUAUGAUGGCAUGCAGAUUGUUGACUCAAUACAUAAGCCAAAAUAUCAUAUAAGCACACUUGUCAAAUACUGUCACUGCAACUGUUUGCGAGCCCCAGCUUCUGAAGUAGCAUCGAUUGAAGACACCAGACCUUUGCAUGGAACCGUAAGGAAGCUUGGUGACGGGCACACCCUGACAAUUCUUAAUGUUCAAAGGAAGGCGAGUUCUCAUUUGCGCAGCCAAAAUCCUGGAGGUGAUGAUGAGUCAUCUGCUUUGCACUUGGACAGUGGUUGCUGUCAUGUUUGCAAAAGUCAUAUUUAUCAUCCAAUAUUACCAUGGAUAAAUGGUGAUGGCAGCAUGAAUGGAACUGUCUAUGAAGGUUUAAGUCGUAGGAUUAUUGGAUAUGUCAUGCAGUAUCCAGGAAUUUCGGAGGAGGACGUUAUCCAUCGGAUGGAGGUACUGAAUCCUCAGACAUGCAGGACCUUGCUGGGAAAGCUGACAGCUGAUAAACACCUCUAUGUCCGGGUGUCCGAUGAACCAGUGCCAGCUGCUCCCAUCAUGCUGCAGAGUCUUUUGAGGCAAGGUCACUACAAAGAACCCUCCAAGUCUGGAAGGCGGUACUUCGCUAAUCCGUUGAGUACCUCCAUGCUGUAGGACGAGGCUUGUUCGGUUAUUGCUAAAGCUUUUGACAGUAGCAAUACUUUUCACAGUAUAGCCAUGCAGUAAUGAGACCUUUGAUUCAGUAAUCACUCCGUUCCAAAUUAUAAGGUGUUCUGGUUUUUUUGAUACAUAGGAGUAGCUCUUUAGGUGUAGCUAUCUAAGCAUAAUGUAUAUAUAGGUGGAACAGAGGAAGUACUAUUUUAUUUUUACUGUUAAACUAUCUAAAUAUAUUGGAUUGUUGUUCUCUGGCUGAGUGCAGUACAUCAGUUCGUGCCACCUCAUCAGUGAUUCAGUGGGUAGGGGACUAUUGCCAAGCAGAGGAAAUGGCGCGUCUGGAGAAGGUGUAACACUUUGUGUCUAAACAUCUUUUGUUGUUUUUGUUGCUAUUUGUCAAUCAUCCCAUGCUAAGUAUGCUAUUGUCUUAUAAGAAAUUGGAACAACAGAUUCUGUGGCAUAUUGUAUAAAAAGAUUGUAACACAAAUGUUGAAUUAAGUAGCCUUCUCGUGCU